GUAUAACCAGUAGUUUACGAACGUGUAUGACGGCUUGGCUGUUAACAACAGUUUAGGCGUAAGACUUUAUCUGUUUGGUAAAGUAAUUAGAUUAUUGUGAUAUUCACAUUUUUUUCUGCUAAAUAAAUCGUUUAAUAUUGUUCUCGGUAUGAGUUUAGAGGUGCAUUGUUUGUCAUUUCGUCAGCCGUACGCUACUCUUGUGUUAAAUGGUGUUAAAACAAUAGAAAGUCGCUGGCGACCCCUGCUGUCAGAGAUGCAGAACAGCACUCUAGCUGUUCAUAUUGCUUGGAAAAGCUGGGAAGGAGAGGACUGGAGGCUCAUUCUCACUGAAAGACUGGGAAUGACAUCCAAACAAACGGAGGAACUCCUGGAGUCGGGAGAAAGGUUCGGGCGGAGUGUUAUAGCAGGUCUUGUGGAUGUUGGGGAGACGUGGUGUUGUCCAGACAAUGUUCCCUGUGAAGAAAUGAAAAAGCUAGAGACAGCAGCCUGCUUGACUGAACUCAACUUGAAAUACCUUACAAGACUCUCAAACCCCCGCUGGCUCAAUGAACCAAUGUAUGCUAGGGGUCAUAAAGAUGUGUGGACUGUAAACAUACCAAUUCGUCUACUGCCUUCUGCUUCUUCUGUGUCUGAAGGGACGCUAGGGCAAGCCUUUACUGGAGAUUUGUAAUAUAGAUCUAAUGGAUCCUUUUUACACUAAUUAAAACAAGUUUCAUUUCUUGUUAGUGUUAAAGCAUAGUUUUUUUUAAUGUAUAGUCUUUAUUGUGUUGACCUAAUAUGAAUAGCAGUGCUGUUUGAACAAAAAAAAACUAUACAACUUUUUUUUCUUAGGUAAAAUGAGUAUUCAGGUUGUCAAAAUAGAUUAUUAUAUUCUACAUUAUUGUUGUAGUGAUGUCUUUUGUUUUCCUUAUUGAACACUUUGCCCCUUGAGAUUUAGAAUGGUUCCAUCACUAUCGAUUUUAAAACACUCCUAAAAACGUACCUAUUUAGCUUGACUUUUUAAUAUUAUUUUAAUAAUUUUUUUUUUUACCGGUUCAUUAUUACAUUUAUUUAGUUGUUUCUCUUGGCUUGUUUUUGUUUUUAUAUUCUUUCUUUUAUUUUAAUUUGACUUAUGUACACUCUCAGAAACAAAGGUACGGGAACUGUCACUGGGGCAGUACCUUUUUAAAAGAUACCCAAAUAGUCCACAGUGGUACCUAAAAGGUGCAUAAUAGUAAAAAAAAUGUACCUAAAAAGUUCCUUUGAGGUACCAUUAUGGAACAAAUAUGUAUCUUUUAAAAAGGUACUGCCCCUGUGACAGCUCCCGUACCUUUAUUUGUGAGAGUGCACAUCACUUUGGUCAGUCUUGUGACUGUUUUAAAUGUGCUUUACAAAUGAGUAAACUUGAUCUUAUUAUUUGAGUGUUGCUGUGACUGUAGGAUUUUGAAUAUGGAUAGAAUCAUUUGAAGCAGGGAUAGAUUGUUUGGACCCGAUUACUCUUAACCCUACAUAAUGCUGUUGGCUAUAUUCUCAUUUAUUUUCUCCUUAAUAAAAUAAAGAUGUUUAUUUUUGCAACAAAAAAAAAAAAAA